ACUCACUUAAGCAGUGCAACGGAUAGCUUGCAACGACCCAUAACCCGCCUUCCUUUUCUACCCCCGUUCAGCCGGCAUAUGCGCUGACAACGGCUCUCUUGCGCAACCCAUGCUUCGGGAGAACGGUGUCGCUGCCGGCCAUGACGUACCCGCGAACAUAGCGGACCCUUGGACAGAGACAUCGUUCAGUUCGGCCGUAAAGGUCAAGGAGACACGCCCUGCGGUGCGGCGGCGUGGGUCGGACGGCGCGACGUGGAGGAACCGGGGCGAUCACGAGCCAAGCUAUGCCGCGCAUUCGAGAGCCCGCACCUUGGACACCGACGUAGCCAGGCCCGCGCACUCGCAUCCCCUCGCGUCUCCAAGCAGUAUCAGAGGCGUCAGAGAGAUCGUUGCUGGCUUUCUAUCCGCUCAUGAUACCCGUCCCCACAUGAAACGCGUCCUGAGCGACGCCGAGCUUCCGCCAGGCGACGAGGACGGGACGCCAGACGACUCCAACGGUCAGGCGGCAGAGUCGAGGUCUAGAGAGGAGGAGAGGGUAAUGAUCAUGCAUGAGGUCCUCUCGAACGACUCUCUUGCUGGUGUUGCUGUGAAAUACGGCGUGUCGCUUCCCGACCUUCGCCGGUGGAAUCAGCUAUGGCCGUCAGACCCUAUACAUUUGCGCAAAAUACUCUAUAUUCCCCUAGAAAAAGCACGGCAUGCGAAACAUUUCCGGUUGACCUCCGUAGAGGUAGAGGACGGCGCCGUUCAGCGGCACUUAGAGUCGCUUCCAGCUGAGACCGCCGGAGAAACGGCAGAUGCCAAUAGCCCCGACAAGGCCGACGCCCGGGAGCCUCUGAUCGUUGUUCGUGUUCCUGCAUCGCAGCUGUCUUUCUUCCCUCCUCCAUCUACUCCACUAUCAACGAGAGGUUCGCAGACUACCUCCCAUAAUUCCCGCUCGCGACCGACGCUCUCUCCUUCGUUCACGGAGUCACCCACCGGCACUUCACCCCUGUCAUCACCUCCUAGCGCGCCAUACACGUCUCUUGGAUUUUCCUUCAACAGCCCUCCUCAUGGUCGAAGUCUUGGUGGGCUGUUUACUUCGGCGAGGAAUACGUUCGUCGAACGACUGUCGCUCGACUCGAACAGUGCGACGACGUCAGCACCAAGCGAUGACCAAGACUUGGGCCACGAGCUGGAGGACGUUAGCGCGGUUGCUGCUGGGAGAGGGCGGCCGCGCGGGGUCGACUCACAUGGUCGAUACGAGCCGUACACGCGCAAUCGAGGCCACAUCACCGGCGGGGAGCCCUUCGCAAAAGAUGAAGCGCUUGAGAUGGACCCCUUGCUGACUACUCGUUCCCAUGUUGGGGACAAAGGACGCACGCCAGACGUCCUUGUAACAGAUCCCUCUCCGCCAGGUGGCGCCACGGGAGCACAGAGCAAAGCGGCUCCGUAUGAUAUCCCUGAUUCCAUCUUGACGUCGCCUACGGUGCGGACAGCCCAACUAGAGCCGUCCCCUGUCAUGCACCUUCCCCCUAUACGGAAGAAAACGACGCCAUCAGGAGGAUAAGCGAUUCGCGAGACUGACCGGAGACAGGUGGUCCCUUUCGUCUCGGGGGAAACCACACAUGAUUGGCUCCGCCUUCGGCGAAUAAUCCUGUGUUCUAUUGCGCGCCAGACAUACUCCGCGCACCCACGGAGCCCGCCGCCUCUUGGGUCCGACGUUGCUCAUCGUUGUUGCGUUGGCUACGGGCGACAAAGAUGGAAGUGGCAUUGCGGAUGGCGGGCGUGGGGUCGAGCAUGACC